GGCACAUUGUACGCGAUCCGCGGCAGCGUAUUUUCUGUCACGCUGUUAACUGGGCUGCUCUGGACUUGAUAUCUCAUACAACCCUUACACGUCUUUUCAAAGAAGGGUUCUCUUUUCCUUUUAUGUACAUGUCAUUUUCGUCUCUGAUAAGUGCUUUACAAGCGCUUGCAAAAUCUCUUCCGUCUUUCAGGCUCUGCAAAUGUCAAUGGAAUAAUAUAACUACGAAAAGGGAAGCAGUGUCGUUAAUUCGGUCGAAAUCUUGGAUGAUACUCCUCGACUGAAGAAUCCAGCUAAGUAACGUGUUUUUCUAAAUAUUUGGCUACCUAGAAGCAGUUGCAUUUCAACACGGAUAUACAGAACUUGCUACUUUCCCAGGGAUCUUGCUGCCGAAAGGGGCGUAUCAUAAACCAAGAACAAGCAUUCCUGGUUGCUAGAAUAUUUUACAGCAGUGGCGCACGCUUCGUCUGAAUCAUGAAAGUACAUUCCUUGAAUACAACGUGUCGUGGGUGGAAAAUGCAUUUGGCGUAGAAAUUCUCCGAACAACUGAUUUUGCAGAGCGUUUUGACACCGUAAUGGCAAACGAGAGUGCUUACGAUAAUCGGAAUAUCGUGGAAAAAUACAUCUGUCACAAACUCUUGAAAAAGGGGUAUGCGUGGGAAUUCCAUUCUGCCGAAGACACGGAUUCUCCAAAUAAUGGCUUAUCGGAUUCCUCCAACUCCACAGUCCUGGCACGGCGGUCUCAGACAGCUGCGUCCCCUAUCCUUAACCGGAUCCCACAACCAGACCCGCAUGCCGCGCUUCAUCGGGUUUUACGUGAAGCAGGGGACGGCAUUGAAAGGAUGUAUCAGCGAGACUUAGCAGAAAUGUCACAGCAGUUGCAUUUCACGCCUAGCACGGCUCAAAGGAGGUUCGCCGCGGUAAUAGAAGAGCUGUUCAGGGAUGGGGUCAACUGGGGUCGCAUCGUAGCCUUCUUCGAGUUCGGAGGGACAAUGUGCGUGGAAAGCAUGAACCGGGAGAUGACGUCCCAAGUAGAUAACAUUGCUGCCUGGAUGACGGAGUAUCUAAAUGGGCCGCUCCAGAACUGGAUCCAGGAGAAUGGAGGCUGGGACGCCUUUGUGGAGCUGUACGGCCGGCAGCGGGAGUCCAUGUUCCACUGCUCCUGGCCCUACAUAAAGACGGUGUUCGGGCUGGCCGCCCUGGGGGCCGCCGGCGUCACCAUCGGAGCCUAUUUCACACAGAAGUGAAAAAGCCACGCACUUUUAGACAGCAGUCAGAGGAGCGCUGCCCCCCACAGACAGCAUGCGCGCACACACACACACACGCACACACGCACACGCAUGUACGCAUACACACA